UCCUGCACCAUCGGAAAGGACGGAACUGGGCUUGCGUCUGGGGACCUUCCAGUGCCCUCUUCAGCUCCGAGGGCUAGAUAAUCGUUGCACGGACGGGGCCGUACACGUCUUGCUUCCACGUCUCAGCAGAAACGCCAAGACCGGGUGCUGAAAAUGGGCCCAGUAGGUGCAGAGGCUGAUGAGAACCAGACAGUGGAAGAAAUGAAGGUGGAGAAGUACCAUCCACGGCAAACCACUCCUAGAGGUGAGCUGGCCCCUGACCCUGAGCCAGAGCUUCUAGACAGCACCAUGCUGAUUGAGGUGCAGAUUAUCCUCAUAUUAGCUUAUUGCUCUAUCAUCUUGCUCGGGGUAAUUGGAAACUCUCUGGUGAUUCACGUGGUGAUCAAAUUCAAGAGCAUGCGCACAGUAACCAACUUUUUCAUUGCCAAUCUGGCUGUGGCAGAUCUUCUGGUGAACACCCUGUGUUUGCCAUUCACUCUUACCUACACCUUAAUGGGGGAGUGGAAAAUGGGUCCUGUCCUGUGCCACCUGGUACCCUAUGCCCAGGGCCUGGCAGUGCAAGUGUCCACGAUCACCUUGACGGUAAUUGCCCUGGACCGGCAUCGUUGCAUUGUCUACCACCUGGAAAGCAAGAUCUCCAAGAGAAUCAGCUUCCUGAUUAUUGGCCUGGCCUGGGGCAUCAGUGCCUUGCUUGCAAGCCCCCUGGCCAUCUUCCGCGAGUACUCGCUGAUUGAGAUUAUUCCCGACUUUGAGAUUGUGGUCUGCACUGAGAAGUGGCCUGGAGAGGAGAAGAACAUCUAUGGCACCAUCUACAGUCUUUCUUCCUUGUUGAUCCUAUACGUUUUGCCUCUGGGCAUCAUAUCUUUUUCCUACACUCGUAUCUGGAGUAAACUUAAGAACCAUGUCAGCCCUGGAGCUGCUAAUGAUCACUACCAUCAGCGAAGGCAAAAAACGACGAAAAUGCUGGUGUGUGUGGUAGUGGUGUUUGCAGUCAGCUGGUUGCCUCUCCAUGCCUUCCAACUCGCUGUUGACAUUGACAACCAAGUCCUAGACCUGAAGGAGUACAAACUCAUCUUCACCGUGUUCCACAUUAUCGCCAUGUGCUCCACCUUUGCCAACCCCUUUCUCUAUGGCUGGAUGAACAGCAACUAUAGAAAGGCUUUCCUAGCAGCCUUCCGCUGUGAGCAGAGGUUGGAUGCCAUUCACUCUGAGGUGUCUGUGACGUUCAAGACUAAAAAGAACCUGGAGGUAAAAAAGAACAAUGGUCCCAAUGACUCUUUCACAGAGGCUACCAAUGUGUAAGUAAGCUCUGGUGUGAAAAUAUGUAGAUGAAUUCCGACCAGAGCUAUAAAUCGGUUGAGAAGGGCUCCCGGGUGCAUCCUGAUUUCCCAUUUUAAGGCAGGAGAAGAGGAUCCGAGUGGAAGCAAUUGCAGUGUGAUCUGUGGAAAGAAACCUGGUUGGCAGAGCCUCCGUGAAAAUACUCCUAUUCAAAGAUAGGGCAGUGAACAGUUUGCUUAUAGUUGCUUGGAUGGUAGGUCAAAUUAUGAGUAAAAGCAGAGGAAUGCUUUUGACUAUUUCUCAGAGUGAAGGAAACCUGAACAAGGAAUCAACAUGACAUCAGCAUCGCUAGAAGUGGUUGGCUAAAUAAAUUGCCUUUCAAAUCAUAUUAGGGCAUGGACUGGGGGUGAUGUGCUGCUCACUGCCCCCUCAUCUGAUGAAAGGACUACCCAACACCAGUUUCCCUAGGGAGCUGCAGGCUCUUCUGUAUUGUUUUUUUUUGUUUUUUUGUUUUUUUUUAAAUUAUUCCUCCUAUGGACCAAUCCUUCAGGGAAUGUUACCAGCUAUUUGAAUGACUUCCAGGUGAUAAACUGAAAUUUGCUAUAUAAUUAGUAUUUUGGCAAGUGAUGAGGGAAAUCUUUAACACUGAGUUCACCAGGUGUUCUUAAAACCAAAUACACAUUUAGUGAAAAGUUUCUCCAACUCAAAAUUGAAGGCUGAAAUUCUCAGUUUUAGAAAUGUAACCCAUCAUUUAGCUUCUCAUUUCAAGUUGUUGCUGCUUUGUAAAUACUAUUUAUGUGACAACAAAUGAACAUACAGCUCAAUACUUUUAACCAUUGCUAACUGUUAUAACUUUCUGAACAUGUAUUAUUCCUAUGUUGGAGUUGAAUUUGUCUUCACUAAAAUUGAUUCAGAUUAAAAAAUAAUUUUUGUGGCAUUCUGCCACAUUUUGUGGUUAUUGGUAAACAGUUUUUGCACAGAUACAUAGCUCUAUUGUGUUUACAGAACACUGUAGUGUUAUUUUUUGAAAUUCAUCUUCCAUGGACGUGGAAUUCAUUUUCCAUGGUUCAUGAUUAAUAAAACAAUAUAAUUUCAUCAAAAUGGAACCCAUCUGGUAAGAAAUAUUAAAAACACUGCAUGCAUUCCACUUUGCAAAUGUUCUAUUUGGACCAAUUUCAACAUAAAUUAUCCUCUUCUCAAAAUAAUUAGCUAUGUAUUUUUGGAUAACUUAUGAAUAUAUACAUAAUAAAAUUUUACCUAUAAAUAGUGGAGUGUAGACGCUAUAGUACUCUUCAUUGAAUGAUUUUGUGAAUAGUAUUUUUAUUUCAAUAGUACCCAGUCAAAGAUGCUUAAAACCCUAGUAUGUUUAUGAAAACACACUGAGAUGUGAAAAUAGUUGUACUUCUUUGGAUUCUGUUAAAGAAGUUUCAUUGCAAUCAUAUUUUUGUCAGUAUGACUGAAUUUGGGAAUAGAUUUCUUAAAGUUUAAAAAACUUCAGCAUGAAUAUUACGUUUAGGUACAAACAUGAGCUUCAUGAACGGAGAGAGUUCAACUUUACGGAUAUAUUUAAAAGUCAUACUGUGGCUCUUGUUGAAUUAUUUCCGAUGUAGAAGUAAAGAUCUCGAAGUGGGCUGUACCUCUGGAAUACUGAAAGAGAAUGAAAACAGUGGAAGACUAAUUAAGAAGCAAACAAAAAAUAAUAUAUAUAUGUAAUGUACCAUGUAACGGACAAAUUCAUUUUUUUUUUUGUGGGACUCUACAUAACUGUUCAAGAAAAAACUUUUUGUCCUUUAAAAAGCAAUUACUUUGCUUAAGAUGCUAAUAGAUAAUUGUGGUUACAAUGUUUUGUUUUGUUUUCCCUCUUGGAGAAUUCUUACCCUGUAAGGAAUGCGUAUGCCACUGUAUUACCAGUUGUAGUAGUAAAUUAUUAGAAUCAUUUAAUGAUCCAGUUAAUACUUGUGAUGUAAUUAAUCUUUUUAUGUUGUGAUUUUAUCUGUGGAAAUAAAAGACA